UCCUGGCAGCAUUUGUAGUGGACGCGUUCGGAAGAAAGAAGUGCAUGAUACUGUUCGCAUUUCCCAAACUGAUAGGUUUUGUCAUCCUGGUGUUUACGAACCAGUAUUGGCUCAUACUCUGCUCGAGGUUGGCCUGUGGACUGUCGGAUGGGGCUGCGUUUAUAGCCGUCAACAUGUAUGUUUCGGAAAUUGCUAGUAAAGAAAUUCGCGGCCGACUUGGUAUAAUGAUGCAAAUCUGUGUUACUUUCGGAAUGGUGAUCAUGUUUUGUGUCGGCCCGUUCUUGGACUACUACUCCCUGAAUGCGCUCAUUCUAUGCUGCAUGGUAGUUUUCACUGUGCCACUGUUCUUCAUACCGGAAAGUCCUUAUUUUUUGUACAGAGAAGGUCAGCGUGCAGAAUCAACUAGAGUACUAGAAAAGCUACACGGUUCUUACGAACUAGCCACUGCAGCCGUCAAAGACUACGAGUCUACUCUAGACCGGGAAGAGACCAUGAAAUUUACGAAAAUACUGCAAUCGAAAUCAGUUCUAAAGGCACUUGUAAUAGGGUGCUUAGUAAAUAUCGGCGGGCAGCUGAGCGGCGCUAACGUAGUACAGUCGUAUAUGCAGACGAUACUAGAAUUGACUCAGACAAGCGUGUCUUCGAAUAUCGCUUCUGUGAUCUUGGGAAUAAUACAGCUAUUCGCUUGUCUAUGUACAGUGUUCGUCAUUGAUAGAGUUGGAAGGAAACCGAUUAUUACUGUAUGUCUGUCCGGAGUCACACUCGGUCUUCUUGGCAUGGGGACCUUCUUCAGAAUCUCAGACCAGACCAAAGAAAGUAGCGGUUUCAUAAACUACUUACCGCUAAUAUCAAUGAUCCUCGUUAUAUUCUUCAAUAGUGCUGGAAUCGGCUCAGUGAUCUGGCCACUGAUAGCCGAGCUCUUCAACGGCCGAACCAGGACUUUCGGGAUGACCUGCGUCCAGCUCAGUGGCCUCACCUUCAUGUUCCUCAGCAUACGGUUCUUCCCGGCCAUAGCGGCUGAGAUUGGCCCCUCUAACUUGUUCUACAUCAACAGUGUUAUGGCAGUGUUGCUUUGCCUGUUUGUGGUGUUCUGUGUGCCUGAGACUAAGGGAAAGAGUUUUGUGGAGAUCCAACAGACUUUGGGCCAAGAUAAGGGGGUUAGUGAGGGGGUGGUGCAAGCUGCGUAGCGUGUGGUGAAAUAAAUGAUAAAUGUGGUACUAAA